GUUUAUCAUCCCCGCGUUGCAUCCAUCCUUGUAAGACUAUUCCUCCGUGCGAGCGAUUGACGAGCCAGAAUUGGAUAGCUAGACGCCAAACGCACUGCCGCCGCAUUCACGCUUCCGAAAUGGCGAAUCUCUCGCUGUACACAACGACAGCGUUUCUACUGCUCGACUCGGAUGGAGAUCGAGUGAUCUCAAAGUACUACCAGCCGCCACAUGCCGCCAAUGCGCCGACGGGUCAGCAGGCGGGGUUGCAAGGGCCACCACAGCUGAGCGCGAAGAAUCCAUUCCCUACUGUCAAAGAGCAAAAAUCAUUUGAGCGAGCUGUAUGGGAGAAGACACGAAAGUCGACAGGCGACAUUCUUCUCUACGACUCACAUCUGGUCCUGUUCCGGCCCUCGCUGGAUGUCACACUCUACGUUAUCGGCCCUGGGGAUGAGAACCCUCUGAUGCUUUCAGGGCUCAUGUCGGCCAUCUACGACUCGAUCAGUUUGCUGCUCCGAGGGCAAGUGGAGAAGCGCGCUAUUCUUGAGAACCUAGACCUUGUCACACUAGCGAUUGACGAAUGUGUUGACGACGGCAUCAUCCUAGAGACCGACUCCACAGCCAUCGCAUCACGAGUGUCGCGGCCAAGACCGGACGUGACCGAGCUGCAGAUUAACGAGCAGACCAUCAUGAAUGCCUACUCGACUCUGCGGGACAAAGUCGCGCAGCGGAUCCUACAAAGUUGAAACUCGAUGCUUGCAGCAACCGCUACAUGAGCAUCUCACCCCAUUGUACCAUAGCAAGCCUCUGUCAUUGCCAAACAUCAAUUUUGUGGCUUCCAGCCCAGCUUCACAGGCUCAU